AUGCAUGCAUUUGAUGCAUCCACAAAUGUGGCCAUCACUCAUGCGCAUGAAAGGAUUUUCUCCCUAAAAAAAGGCGUUGUGGUAUCCCAGCUGGGGCUUUUUUUGAUCCGAGGGGACAACAUCCAUCAUCGGCAUAUUGGACGAAGAAUUGGAUGCCGAAAUCGAAUAUACGGAGCUGAAGGCUCCUCCGCUACCUCCAAUCCAGCACUAGUAAGUCGAAUCGCCUUUCCCGUGUGUUGUAUUUCGGCCCAUAUUUUUGUACACGUGUAUGACCAACUAUCCAUCGGUCUUUGUUAUUUCAUUACUCUUGGUUGUCUGUUUUCCCGUUAUUAUCAGUUUCUUACCAGUAGCUAA